AUCUCCAUCCUAUAACCUUGAGGAGCAACUGAACGAAAGGUUUGCAGCGAUCUUUUCGUGUUCCCGUCUCUCUCUCCCACGUCCAUCCCGUUUCAGCACUCAUAAACAGGCUGUGCGUAUCGGACAGCUCCGGUGCUCCGGAGUGAAUAACGCCGGAUCUCGGUUUUUUCUCUCCAGCUUCGCCUAGUCUGAUAGCCAGAAAGGCGUGUUUGUCUAGAUACACAGACUGCCUGCGACGCGACAGAGAACAACAUCUCAAUUCACAGAUCCACAGUGCAAGCUUGCCACAUGGGGAGCGAAUUGCCUUGCUGUUCUCUCCUCUCCACCACGCCUGCUGCUGUGAACCAGUCGUUUGGUGUGCGCUCCUACCUGCACCUCUUCUACGAGGACUGUGCCUUCUCGAGGGCCCAAGACGAUGACGAUGACGAUGGUGAUGAGGUGUCAGCGGAAGAAGCCCUGACUCAAGGUCUAUGGAUCUGGCUCCUUUGGAGGGCCAGCCUGGCGGUGGGGGUCCUGCUGGCAUUGACGGGCUCCAUGGCGCUGGGUGUCGGCCUGCUCCUGCCCCCACGCAUCGAGGGUUUCGGGGACGGUGAGCUGCUGCUGGUGGACGAGCGCGCCGUUGGACACAACGGGGUCCUGCUGGCCUGCCAGCUGGUGGGGGGGGUUCUGCUGGGGCUCGGUGCUGGGGUGCUCCUGGGCUGCGUCCUGACGCGGCGUGCCAGCCAGCCCAGGGACGACGCCAGGGGGCUCUGGGACGGGAAGCCUCAUGGAGCCUGGCCCCCUCCUAAUGUAUCCCCCAUCCACUCCAUGCUGCCCUCCAGCCUGUCCCAGACGUUUGGCACGCAGCCCAAAGCAGGCCUCUGAGCAGCCCGGGCAGAAGGGCUCAGCCUCCAUCUCCAUACAGUAUGUCACCUGCAUAUGCCCCUUCUGUCCAUUCUUUAGUCCAAAUGUCAAGGAGCAUCUUAUCUACAGCGUUAUUAAUAAGUUGAUCUGAAAGGAAAUGGCUUUUCAUUCAGGGAUUCUUAAAGUGAAAUAUGUACAGUUGUGUCCUAGUGAAAAUGCACCUUUU